UGGAGAGCCAAACGGUAAUUCUUCCGAGAAGACUUCAUCAAUGCCUCAAAUGUCUCAUCAUGCUGACUCGUAAGAGGUGUAGUCUUUCAAUUUUGUCUUUUCUACAAGAAUCGACUUUAGGUAAUUGAAAAAGAUUAUUGAAGCAGAUAGACCUUCACUUUGAGAUCAACAGAAGAAAAAUCACAUCUUUUGUUUUUUAAUCUACUGCCUGCUAUAAGGGGCUCUUGAAAUUUCCAAUAAGCUUAAUUCCGGAAGCUGAUCUUUCUGCAAUUCUUCAAUACUUGUGAAUUGCGAUACUGCUUUAAUGGCGGACAUAGUUUUAUCUCCAGUUCUGCAGGUGGUUUUUGAUAGACUAGCUUCCCCAGUUCUACAAAAGGCUGCUGAUAUUUGGGGUCUCAAGGAUAACUUCCAGAACCUGCAAAAUGCGUUGUUAAUGGCACAAGCUGUUCUUGAAGAUGCAGAAGACCAACAAGAAACCAAUAAGGCUGUCAGAAUUUGGUUGUCAAAGCUUAAGGAUGCAGCUUAUCAUGCUGAGGACCUGCUUGAUGAAAUCGCAUCUCAUAUAACCAUGUCUGAAAGAGUGGGAAACAAUUGGGUUUUCAGCUUCAUCGGAAAAAACGAAUUGGUGUAUGCAGAAAAACUGAGAUUCAUGCUUCAAGAACUAGAAAAUUCUGCGGUGGAGGGUUCAAAAUUCCAUUUAAGACAGGGCAUUGUGCAAUCUAAUAGAAGAGAAACAGGCCCUUUUAUUAUUGAAUCAGAAAUCUAUGGAAGGAAGGAAGAUAAGGAGAAGAUUGUCAAACUUCUAUUGUCCAAUGAUGGGAAUGUAUGCUUUAUUCCGAUUGUUGGAAUAGGAGGACUAGGUAAAACAACUCUUGCUCAGUUAGUACAUAAUGAUGAGGAGGUAACAAGACAUUUUGAUGUUAAGAUAUGGGUUUUUGUAUCUGAUGAUUUUGAUGUGAAAAGGAUAAUGAAGGCAAUAAUUGAGUCUGCAACUAUGGAUAAAUGUGACAGUUUUGCAAUGAAUGUACUUCAGUCUAAGAUCUGGGCAUUAUUGCACAAAAAGAGGUACUUAAUUGUGUUGGAUGAUGUUUGGAUUGAAGAUUAUGAAGAGUGGGACAAGCUAGAACCCAUCUUCAGGGUUGGCAUUGAUGGGAGUAAAAUCAUUGUCACUACCCGCAGUAGAAAAGUGGCAUUCAUGACGACCUUCCCAACUAAUCCAUAUUAUUUGAAAGGUUUGGCUGAGGAAGAUUGCUGGAAGUUGUUCAAAAGUCGAGCUUUUCUACAAGGGGAGGAAGGUAAGUAUCCAAACCUCUUAGAAAUUGGAAAGAAGAUUAUCAAGAAAUGUGGGGGUGUACCAUUAGCAGCAAAAACUUUGGGAAGUUUGAUGCGCUUCAAAAGAGAAGAAAGAGAAUGGUUGUUCGUCCAGAACAGUGAACUUUGGGAUUUGGACAUACAUCACACUGGAAUUUUACCUGCCUUGAGAUUGAGUUACUUUCAUUUACCAUCACACCUUAAACGCUGCUUUACCUUCUGCUCAAUCUUCCCUAAAAGAUAUGAAAUCAAGAAAGACAAGUUAAUCCGAAUGUGGAUGGCAGAAGGAUUAAUCCAAUCAGAUGGAGCUAGAAAACGUCCAGAGGACAUUGGAGAGGACUACUUCCAAGAUUUAUUGUGGAUGUCCUUCUUUCAGGGUGCAGGAGAUGCUGAUGGUAGUGGCACAAGUGGAUACAAAAUGCUUGAUAUUAUUCAUGAUCUUGCAAAAUUUGUUGCUGGGAAAGAGUCUGUUAUAGUAGACCAAGGCCUUACAUCAAAUAAUCUUGCACAAACUCGCCAUGCAUCUGUAAUCAUUGAUUUUAGGUCUCCCCAGAUUCCUGAAGCUUUAUAUGAAGCAGAACAUUUGCGGACUCUCAUAUUGUUUCCAGGAGGCAACACCAGAGACGAUGGUAGUAAGGUGUUCUAUAAUUUUCCAUUUUUGAGGGUUUUAGAUGUUAAUGCCUCUGCCUUUGAGCUUUAUGGAUUUGGUCGCUUGCUUUGUUUGAGAUACGUUGAUCUGUCUUACGCAUCUAUCAUCACCUUGGAUUUUAAGAUUGAAGAACUGCCAUUUUUGCAAACUCUCAAUUUAUAUAGUUGCUAUAAUCUUAAGGAAUUGCCUAACAUUGCAAAGAUGCUGAGCUUAAGACAUCUUAAUGUAACUAGAUGUGAAUCACUGUUCACAAUGUCAAUUAGUUUUGCUAAAAUUUAUCAACAGUUUGGAUGCUCCUCCAGCAGCAGUGAUAAAUAUGAAAAAAUCUUCUAUUUGAGCUAUAUACCUGGACAGUCUAAUCAGCUCCAGACACUGCCAACAAUUGUGGUUGGUGGUUUUCUAGACCUUAUAUUUCUAGGACAGCUAAAUCUUCAUGGUGAGCUAACAAUCAGACAUUUGGAGAAUGUGCUUAGUUCAGAUGAUGCAAGAAGUGCCAAUUUGGUUAGGAAAGACAACCUCGAGUCCUUGGGGCUCUGCUGGGGAAAUAAUGCUGAUGAGUCAGACUAAAAAAACAACGCUCCAAGGAAGAAGGCCGCAUCGCUUAAUUAUACCAUCGGAAGGGCAUCAACUUAGUGCUGACGUUGCAGAAGAAGUUAUUGAAGGCCUCCAACCCCACCAAAAUUUGAAAGUACUAGUUGUGAAAGGAUAUCCAGGAGUAAGAUUUCCAAAUUGGAAACUGCCAUAUCUGACUGAGGUUCAUUUAACCAACUGUGAAAGAUGUAUUUGUCUUCCUGUCCUAGGGUCGCUGCCAUUGCUUUCAAGACUCGCCCUUCAUGGAAUGCCCUCCAUCAGGGGAAUUGGAAGAGAAUUCUAUGGUGAAGACGUCAAAAGACCAUUUCCUUCACUUCAAGAAUUUCAACUCAUCAAUUUCCCUAAUUUGGAAGAAUGGUUUUAUGAAAAUGGCAGAGGUUCAUUCCCUAUAUUAAGAAAGUUUGUUGUCAAGAAAUGCCCCAAGCUGACUGCAAUGCCCUUAAUUUUGUCUCUUCAGCAUUUGGAACUGCGGGAUUGCAGUGCAAUUCUAUUUAAUUUCGUUGAAAGUUUAUCCUUCCUUAAAUAUCUUGCAAUUGAGAAAGUAGAAGGUUUGGUAUCUUUCCCAGGAGAGUUUCUUGCAAACAGCCCCCUUACUUCUCUGGAGAUUAUAUCUUGCCACAAACUUUGUUCAUUGCCAUCAGAAUUGGGAAGCCUCAAGAUUCUCAAGUCACUAAAAAUUCGCUGGUGUGAAAAACUUUCCUCGCUGCCACAAGGUUUGCAGAACCUUAAGGCUUUGGAGUUGUUGGAGGUUACUGAUUGCCACAGUAUAGUUUCCAUGCCAGAUGAUGGGAUUGGAUGUCUGAGUUCUCUUAGAAGCUUGUCCAUUGAGAACUGCAUCAAUCUGACUUCUUUAUCAAUGAGUCUGCAGAAUCUCAUGUGUCUUGAGCACUUGACCAUCAUGUAUUGUCCAAGUCUUGUUUCUUUGCCAAAGGAUAUGCUUCACCUCUCUGCUCUUCGGAGUUUGACUAUCUUAAGCUGUCCUCAGAUUUUAUCUUUGCCUGAAGAAUUAAAGUAUGUAACAACACUGGAUUGCUUGGAAAUUGGGAGUUUACCGGGGCUGAUGGAUUUGCCAGAAUGGAUUGGAGACAUUGUUUCUCUCAGAUCUUUAAUAAUCUCUGACUGUCAAAAUCUAAAACAGUUGCCAGAAAGUCUGAAACUUCUCAAUGCUCUACAACAUCUCUCUAUUCAAGCUUGUCCUAAGAUUGAAGAAAGGUGUAGGGAGGAGGUUGGUGAAGAUUGGCCGAAAAUAGCCCAUGUUCCAUAUAAAUAUAUUGGAUCACCUGAGGUUGGGAAGUCCAGUGAAUCAGGUAGCUCUCUGCUUGAAACAACGUCUUGCCAUUUUUGAGCAACUAGAUCAUCUGUAAAUUCAGUUCAUCUGAAGGAUUUUCACCAUAGAAAUCCAGUAGAGUGGCUCAAGCAUCAAAUCUUGAGAUUUCAUGCAGAACCCGAGUAUUUUCAGAGCGAACUACUUUAUUUGUCAUUCAGCUAUGACGUUUUUUCUUAAGCCAAAGAUGGUGAAAGUGAGAAUAAUGCAGUUUGUAGGUAGUUGAAGCUUCAAAGAGUGGAUGAGUUGAGAGAUAUAAUGCUUAAACCAAGGUUCGAUAUUGUUGUUCUUCACAAUCUGAGCAAAUGAACAAUGGCUGUUCUUAGGAUUGAGUAGAUUGCCCUAGCAACAUGAGAUCCUUCCUCUUCCUAGUCUAUUGAAUCACACAUAUACAUUUUUCUGUUUUGAAAUUUUCAUGUUCCAAGUUGUCUGAUAUGUUGAACCUUGAUAAUAACUGGUGAGUGGCCGUUUAGCAAAUGUGUCAUUCUGUCUUUUGGCUAUGCUCCUCUCUGGUGCGGCAAGUUCACUGUAAUUCAAGAGAUAGUGAAGUGGAUUUCAUCUAUUUCUUUCAUCCA